AUGAAUCCUUGGAACAAGCUGAAGUCUUACUGCUGUGCCGUGGUCUAUAUCAUGAUGAGGAAGAAAAGAACGCCCAAUUUUGAGCAAUUCACCGUCUUAGAAGAAACCACUGAUGGCAUCAACUACAACCACUACAUCGUUCCAUGGACUCGCAACAUCGUAUGGCAUACGGAAUACGCAUCUGUAGGCAACAAAGUAUCUGCAUGGACGUCCUUCUAUACUGCUUCCACCACUGAUGUGGGUGAUAAAGAUGUGCCAUCAUUUGAUCUGUCUGAACUCUGUGGGCCAACUUCUGAUAUCCCUGAUGAUGAUGAAGAUGUAGAUCUCUUCGACCUGGACCCCCGGUAUUUAGAGAAUGUAGAGAAAUGGUGCAGGGGAUCAUCCACUUCAGGAAUGGGUUCCUGA